GUGGCCUGGGUGCGGUUUGUGCAGCAGCAGCGCUCCAGCCGCCGCCGCCGCGCCUUUUCCUGUCACAGCGGAACGGCCGUGCGUGAGGACGGCGGGUCAGCUGACAGCUCCCGGAGCGGCAGGGAACGGGCUGAGAGCUGGGGAGUAACGCCGGACACGAAGCGGAACCGGGCACCACGCAGGGGCGGCUUUCGUGAAAUAAUUGGGUUUCCUUCCCUGAUGUCCGUCUCUUCAUAGGAGGAGUUUGCUUUCACAAUGGCAAGCCGGGAGUGAGCAGCAGCCAGAAUGAUCGGAGGACUGUUCAUCUACAACCACAAGGGGGAGGUCCUCAUCUCCCGCGUCUACCGAGAUGACAUAGGGCGUAACGCCGUGGACGCGUUCCGCGUGAACGUGAUCCACGCCCGGCAGCAGGUCCGGUCCCCGGUGACCAACAUCGCCCGCACCAGCUUCUUCCACGUCAAGCGCUCCAACAUCUGGCUGGCUGCCGUCACCAAGCAGAACGUCAACGCGGCCAUGGUGUUCGAGUUCCUGUACAAAAUGUGCGACGUAAUGACGGCCUACUUUGGCAAGAUCAGCGAGGAGAACAUCAAGAACAACUUCGUGCUCAUCUACGAGCUGCUGGACGAGAUCCUGGACUUUGGCUACCCCCAGAACUCAGAGACCGGUGCCCUGAAGACCUUCAUCACCCAGCAGGGCAUCAAGGGACAACAUCAGACAAAAGAGGAGCAGUCUCAGAUCACCAGCCAGGUGACGGGGCAGAUCGGCUGGCGGCGCGAGGGCAUCAAAUAUCGCCGCAAUGAGCUCUUCCUGGACGUGCUGGAGAGCGUCAACCUGCUCAUGUCACCACAAGGUCAGGUCCUGAGCGCGCACGUGUCGGGCCGAGUCGUGAUGAAGAGCUACCUGAGCGGGAUGCCCGAGUGCAAGUUUGGCAUGAACGACAAGAUCGUCAUCGACAAACAGGGCAAGGGAGGCGCGUCUGACGAUGCAGGGAAGAGUGAUUUAGGGGGAGGAAGUGGGAAGCAGUCCAUAGCAAUCGAUGACUGCACUUUCCACCAGUGCGUGCGCCUCAGUAAGUUCGACUCGGAGCGCAGCAUCAGCUUCAUCCCUCCUGACGGGGAGUAUGAGCUCAUGAGAUAUCGCACCACUAAAGACAUCAUUCUUCCAUUCCGAGUUAUUCCUCUGGUCAGGGAGGUGGGCCGCACUAAGCUGGAAGUCAAAGUGGUCAUCAAGUCCAACUUCAAACCUUCACUGCUGGCCCAGAAGAUCGAGGUGCGAAUCCCAACACCGCUGAACACCAGCGGCGUGCAGGUGAUUUGCAUGAAGGGAAAAGCCAAAUACAAGGCCAGUGAGAACGCCAUUGUUUGGAAGAUCAAACGAAUGGCUGGCAUGAAGGAAUCUCAGAUCAGCGCUGAGAUUGAGCUGCUGCCCACCAACGACAAGAAGAAAUGGGCCAGGCCUCCCAUCUCUAUGAACUUUGAGGUUCCUUUUGCUCCAUCUGGCCUGAAGGUGCGCUACUUGAAGGUGUUUGAGUCAAAGCUCAACUACAGUGACCACGACGUUAUUAAAUGGGUGCGGUACAUCGGCCGCUCCGGCAUCUAUGAGACCCGCUGCUGAAUUUCCACCCGGCCAGGCAGCAAACUGACCACUUUUCCCCCCACAUCUGUCCUCUUAAAGAGUUUUUUUUUCUUCUUCCCUCUUCUCCCUCCUUCGUCUUUGUUCCUCCCUCAGUCCUUAUCACUUCUCCUCAUCGUCCCUUCUUAACUAGAUGUUGGAGAUUGAAUUUACAUGGUUUAAAAAAAAAAGAAGAAAAAAAAGUAAAUAUGGUGUAAUGCACAGAUAUAUGCAAAAUGUGAACCAUUGUAUCGUAUAUAUCUAGUAGUGAUGAGUGCAGUUGUAAACCAUCUGGUGUCUGAAAGGAAAAAGAGCAGUGAUGCCGGGGUCUCAGGGGGAGAGGACGGGUUUGAAUGAGUGCUCAGAUCCUUCAGUGUUAUGGUUUCAUCUCCUCUACUGUUAAUGUCGCUUCUCCCCUGUUAAGGCGCUUUAUCGCUGUCUGUAAGAUGAGUCCACAUAGUUUCUAUUGGCAACAUGUAUCCCAGUGCAGUUCAUCCCACCUGAAUAAGUUGACUGAUUUUUCUUUUGUAUUUUUUUUUUUGUUCUUGGUUAGUAGCCAUGUGGAUCCUGUGUCUUUCUCCCCUUUUUUUUUAAAGGAGAGAAAUCAUUCCCAACUUCCUGUUUCUGGUAGCUGCAGAAAUGACAUUGUUCAAGUUAGUUUUAUACUGUUGCAUGUGUUGUAAUCCCCCUUAUUCCUGCUUUCAGAGUUCUGUCAGGUCAUUAGAGGUUAGACCAUCGUCCUCAUUAGCUCACCGUGACUCAUUUCCCCCCCCAAAUACUUUAUAAGCACUAAGAUGAUCAUCGUCACACUAUUUUUUUGAUUCAAGGAUCAGUCUGCAGGGUUUGCAGCGAGGCGAGGUCUCCCCCUGGUGUUUGCUUUGCGGCGGUCUGAUUCUUGUUUGUAGCCCUGGUGACCGUUCUGUCCAAUAAAAUCUAUGUAACCAAA